AUGCCGUGGCACGUUUAUGAUGCGGCGAGAGCUUUGGCUGAUUCCAAUCGAAGGUCCAAACCGACGAUUGAUGAAAAGACUAAAAAGCGCUUGCAUCAACUGAACAAGAAGAUUGGCUGGGCUAGACAAACCGCGUCUCGUAUGCAGUGUGUGAUUGACUACAUAAAAUCUGGUAAGCCUUUCACGGCAAGGGUCCGAAAUUUCGCUCAUGAAAUGAGGAUCCAUCAUCACACAUUGAAAAUGUCAAAGCUGCUGACCAUCAAGCAGCACAUUGUUGACAAAAUACGGAUACUAUCUGACGCCAGGAGGAUAAUUAAAAAGAGGGAGGGAUGGGUCAGGGAGAAUCAACAGUUUCUCGCUGACCCAUCGCGCCUCUUUAGCGAUCCACCUGUUUUCGUCAAAAACGCACCAAAGUCCGAAGAAGUCGAGACAUUUUGGAGGGAGAUUUACGAAGUAGAACAUCCAUUAAAUGAAGGCACUGAGAACAUCAUACGUUUCAAGGAGCUGUGCAACAACCUCAUAACAUCCGAGGGGGAUUGCCCACCAAUCACUGCUGAGGAGGUAAAGAAAGCAUUAAGGGGCACGAAGAACUUUUCCGCUGCUGGUCCAGAUUGUAUUAAGAACUUUUGGUGGAAGAAGUUCACUUCUACACACCAACAUCUGGCCCGCAUCUUUUCCUCAUAUUUGAAGUCGGAGAUCCCUAUUCCGCAGUGGCUGGUAUUAGGAAGAACAGUACUCCUACCGAAGAAAGGCGACUUUUCCAAUCCAAAGAACUACAGGCCAAUUACUUGUCUAAACACGUUGUAUAAGAUCUUCACAUCUAUCCUGAAUGACAGGAUUGUUCGGACAAUUGGACCUGUAUGGAGCGAGAUUUACGAACAACGUGGAUCGAAGAGAGGCGCAGCCGGUUGCCGGGAAAACCUGCUGAUCGACAGGACUGUCUGUAAAGACGCUGCAAACUAA